ACCAGCAUUUAAACUAACAGCUAGCUUUAGUCGACGCUGUUGUUAAUAAAUAAACGACGAGCAAAGUAGUAACAACGGUGAGGUGUUGUUUAUAUUAUAAUUCAAUUAUAUUAAAGUUAAAAAAUCGAUUUGAUUCUUGGGUAUCGUACGUAAAAAAAAAUGUAAGCGAACAGUUUGGUAAAACAUUUGGUUUAGUUUUGAUUUGAAUUCAGUGGGUUACUCGGAAGGCUAGCUAGCUAGCUAGUUAGCCCUGUCUAAAGUGAGGUAGAUUAGCAUAACCUUUUUUUUUUUUCUUUCUUUUUGUUGUGUAUUGGAUUUUUAUUUAUUUUAAAUUGUCUUUUUUUUUUUUUUGUCAACAUAUCUUUAUAUAUUUUUGUUGCUUUCGAAGGGCACUUUAUUUAUUUAUUUAUUAUUAUUAUUAAAAAUGAGUGCACCUGUAGCCAAGGCGACGAAUCCGUCGACAAACGUCGACCCCAAAUCGGCACCUCUCAAAGAAAUCCCGGAUAUUCUUAUAGAUCCUCGGACGUUCAAAAAAUACACCCGGGGAAGAUUUCUUGGUAAAGGUGGUUUUGCUAAAUGCUACGAAAUCACAGAUAUGGAAACGAAAGAAGUUUUCGCCGGUAAAGUCGUCCCUAAAUCCAUGAUUCUCAAGCCUCAUCAGAGGGAAAAAAUGAGCUCUGAAAUCGCCAUUCACAAGAGUCUCGACAAUCCUCACAUUGUUGGAUUUCACGGAUUUUUCGAGGAUGAUGAUUUUGUUUUUGUCGUUUUGGAAAUUUGCAGACGAAGGUCUCUGUUGGAGCUGCAUAAGCGUCGUAAGGCGGUAACGGAGCCCGAGGCCCGUUAUUAUAUGAUGCAGCUGGUAAAAGGCUGUCAGUACCUCCACGACAACAGAGUGAUACACAGAGACCUGAAACUGGGGAACAUCUUCCUCAGCGACGACAUGGACGUUAAGAUAGGUGACUUUGGCCUCGCCACAAAGAUAGAAUUCGAAGGGGAACGUAAGAAGACGUUAUGCGGGACGCCGAACUACAUCGCCCCGGAGGUCCUCUGUAAGAAAGGCCACAGUUUCGAGGUCGACGUCUGGUCUCUGGGCUGUAUCCUGUACACGCUGCUGGUCGGUAAACCUCCGUUUGAGACGACGUGUCUGAAGGAAACCUACAACCGAAUCAAAAAGAACAAUUACACUAUUCCCUGGCAAAUCAACCCCGUGGCAGCGUCUCUGAUCAAGCGAAUGCUCCACGCCGACCCUUCCCAGCGUCCCACCGUCUCCCAGCUGCAGACGGACGAGUUCUUCACCGAGGGUUACACCCCCUUACGUCUCCCCACCACCUGCCUGACCGUCCCGCCGCGCUUCUCCAUCGCUCCCUCGUCUCUGGAGCCCGGCCAGAGGCGCCCGCUCACCGCUCUCAACAACAAAGGGACGGAGAAGGUGGAGCAGAAAGACGAGCCGCUGCUCAGAGAGAUUCCAGAGGCGACAGACUGUCACCUGAAUGACCUGCUGCAGCAACUGGACACCUGCAACGCUGCCAAGCCCUCGGAGAGAGGACUCGUACGCAUGGAGGAGGCCGAGGACCCAGCCUGUGUCCCCAUCUUCUGGAUCAGCAAGUGGGUCGACUACAGCGACAAAUACGGACUGGGUUAUCAGCUGUGUGACAACAGCGUGGGCGUUUUGUUUAAUGACUGUACCAGGAUGAUCAUGUACGCCGACGGAGACAGUCUUCAGUACAUCGACAAGAUGGCCGCUGAGAGCUACCUCAGCGUCCGCUCCUACCCAGCUACGCUCUCCAAGAAGAUCACGUUGUUGAAGUAUUUCCGUAACUACAUGUCGGAGCACCUUCUGAAGGCGGGCGCCAACAUCACGCCGCGGGACGGGGACGAACUCGCCCGUCUGCCGUACCUCGGACACUGGUUCAGAACCAAGUCCGCCAUCGUCCUCCACCUCACCAACGGCACCGUGCAGAUCAACUUCUUCCAGGACCACACCAAGUUAAUCCUGUGUCCCCUGAUGGGCGCCGUGUCCUUCAUCGACGAGAAGAGAGACUUCAGGACGUACAAGACGUCUCUGAUCCAGGAGUUUGGCUGCUGUAAAGAGCUGGCCAGCAGGAUGAGUUACGCCAGACUGAUGGUGGCCAAGCUACUGUCCUGCAAGUCCUCCACUCCUCGCUAACCAAUCUCCUGUCCUCCUCUCUCUGGCCCCGCAGCCAAUCACAGCCCAGCUGGAGGUCCACCCCCCCAGCCUCUAACUAUAAUCCACUUCCUGUUGUCUGCUGGCCAAUCAGAGUGUGUCACAAUAAGCCAGUUGGACUGCUGGAUCUCCCCAACGGUCUCUAAAUGUUGAAACAACGUCUUUUUUAUUAUAGUCACACAAGAUCGGUCCCCCCCUACCUACCUGUCUGUCUCUCUGGUCACCAGUCUCUCUCUUUCUCCCCCCCUACCUGUCUGUCUCCCUGGUCACCAGUCUCUCCCCCCCCAUCUGUCUGUCUCUCUGGUCACCAGUCUCUCUCUCCCCCCUACCUGUCUGUCUCUCUGGUCUCUGUUUCCCCUCAGGAUGUUAAGUUAGACAAACAUCCAGUCUGUAAUCCACUUCUCUGUCUGGUCUGUAGUACGCUAGGUGUUGUGGGAAUCGAACCGUGCUGACAGACCGUAUCAUGUACAUGCUUCUCUACCUGUUUUUUUUACCUGUAGUUCCUCUUGUACAAAUCUUUUCUCUCCAGGUUUAAUUAAAAUGUUUACAUGUUUUGUUUUUUUAAAAGUUGAAUUUUCUUCCACGUUAAUAAAGUCUUGAAAGAG